AUGGUUCUCAACAGUCCUCGAGUUGUCAAGGGGAAUGUACCACCAAUUCCCUCUGGUACAAGAUCUCCUCUUCCUGUCAGACUCCCCUCUCCUACAUCACGACGUACCACGCUUGAAAUUGAUGGCGUGGAGAAUAACGUCAAAGGUUUUUCGACCCGCGUAAUCAAUGUUCUACUGAACGCCAAGAAACCUGCUACGCGAAGUAUUGUUGGUUCUCUUAAAGGCCCUCUUGAGGAUGCUGUUGAGGAUGAAGAGGAAGAGUGUCUAUCUGAAGAAAAUGACAUUAUCUCCAAAGAAGAUUUUCCUCUUGAGGGAACCUUUUCUGCAGAGUUUGAACCUGGGAAUCUGAGUUGUGAAGAAGUGGAAUACUUUUGUAAUAAAGGUGAUGAAGAGGGCAGCCAAGAAGCAGCGGAUUCUGAUGGGGAUGCACGACUGGAGAAAUCUGGGCCACUUACGCUCGAGACGGAAGACUGGGAUGGGCCAGGAGAGUUGGAGGUGUUUCAGAGGGAUGGAGAACGGAGGAUCCAGAGUCGGCAGCAGCUUCCGGUUGGAACAACAUGGGGACCAUUUGCUGGGAAGAUGGAUUUGAAUAACAACACGUUGAAGACAAAGGCUCCAGUCCCCAUGGUGUUGACUGCUGGCCCCAAGUGGCUACUGGAUGUGACUUGGCAAGGAGUGGAAGACAACAAAAACAAUUGCAUUGUGUACAGCAAAGGAGGCCAGCUUUGGUGUACAACCACGAAAUCCAUUGCCGAGGGGGAAGAGCUAAUUGCCUUUGUUGUGGAUUUCGACUCAAGGCUGCAAGCUGCCACCCAGAUGACUCUAACAGAGGGCAUGUAUCCUGCUCGGUUGCUGGACUCCAUACAGUUGCUCCCUCAACAAGCAGCCAUGGCAUCCAUUUUGCCAACAGCUAUUGUCAACAAGGAUAUAUUCCCCUGCAAAUCGUGCGGCAUUUGGUAUCGGAGUGAGCGGAAUCUGCAGGCUCACCUCAUGUACUACUGCAGUGGGAGGCAACGAGAAGGAUCUCAGCUAUCAGAAGAAAAUGACGAGAAUAUUCAGCAGAUAUCUAGUGUCUGUCCCUUUCCACAGUGCACCAAAAGCUUUUCAAACGCCAGGGCCCUAGAAAUUCAUCUAAACUCUCACAGUGGAGUAAAAAUGGAAGAGUUUCUUCCCUCUGGUGCUAGCCUGAAAUGCACAGUUUGCAGCUACACCGCCGACUCAGUGAUUAACUUCCAUCAGCAUCUGUUCUCACAUCUCACUCAAGCUGCCUUUAGAUGCACCCACUGCCAUUUUGGCUUCCAGACUCAGAGGGAGCUGCUGCAGCACCAAGACCUACAUGUCCCUGGCAACAAGCUGCAGAGAGAAAGCGACACCGAACAUUCGCCAAGUGGUAAUGAAGAGGCUUUGCAGACAGCUACGGAUCCCCUUAACAGAAACGAUGGCUCCCAGGGCCAAAAGCCGAUGCACACAAAGGAUGCAAGUUCUGACACUGAGCUGGACAAAUGUGAAAAAAAGACUCCCCUUUUCCUUCCCAAUCAGAGGCCAGAAACACAAGCUGCCACAACCAAGCAAAGCUUUUCCUACACAAAAAUUAAAUCUGAACCUUCCAGCCCACGGCUUGCCUCUUCCCCAGUCCAGCCUAAUCUGGGCCCCUCUUUCCCCAUGGGACCGUUUCUUUCUCAGUUUGCUUUCCCCCAGGACAUCACAGUGGUUCCUCAGGCUUCUGAGAUCUUAGCCAAAAUGUCUGAGCUGGUUCAUCGACGGCUGAGGCAUGGAAGUAACAGCUACCCCCCUGUCAUUUACAGCCCACUCAUGCCCAAAGGAGCUACCUGCUUUGAGUGCAACAUAACAUUCAACAAUUUGGACAACUACUUAGUACACAAAAAGCAUUACUGCAGCAGCCGAUGGCAACAGAUGGCCAAGUCGCCAGAUUUCGCCAGUGUUUCAGAAAAGCUGCCUGAGGCUCUAAGUCCCAGCAACAGUCAAAAUUCGAUCAGUAUUUUGAAUACUACACCUCAUACUUCAGACUCAGAAAAUCAGCUCCUUCAGGCAUCUUGUAUCAACUCCUCUUCUGUAUUAGACAUGAUUGGGCCAAACAGUAAAGGGCAUGAAAAAGACUUUCCUUCACAGGUGAAGAAGCUGUCAAAUGCUGCCAACAACGAUGAUAAAAUUAAUGGGAAACCUUUGGAUGGCAAGAACCCAACUACUGCUUCGUUAAUAGAAGGCGAAAGUGAUCCCAACAAAACCACAUGCGAAGCUUGCAAUAUUACGUUCAGUAGGCAUGAAACCUAUAUGGUUCAUAAGCAGUAUUACUGUGCAACACGCCACGAUCCUCCACUUAAGAGAUCUGCUUCCAGCAAAGUGCCAGCUAUGCAGAGGACGAUGCGUACACGCAAGCGAAGGAAGAUGUAUGAGAUGUGUCUACCAGAGCAAGAGCAAAGGCCACAGCUCGUUCAACAGAGAUUUCUUGAAGUGGCUAAUCUUGCUAACCCAUGCACAUCUUCGCAAGAGCCCACUGAUACUCUUGGAGAGUGCUACCACCCACGCUGUGAUAUCUUUCCAGGAAUGGUCUCAAAGCAUUUAGAAACAUCACUAUCCAUUAACAAAUGUGUCCCGGCCUCAAAAUGUGAUGCACCGCAUUCGACAGUUUCUUGCUUGGAGAUGGAUGCACCUAUAGACCUCAGCAAAAAAUGCCUGCCCCAGUCUGAUAGGACAUCCACUUCUCCCAAAAGGUUGCUGGACUACCAUGAAUGCACAGUGUGCAAGAUCAGUUUCAACAAGGUAGAGAAUUACCUGGCCCAUAAGCAGAAUUUUUGCCCUGUCACUGUGCACCAGCGUAAUGAAAUGGGAUCGUUGGAUGGCAAGGUAUUUCAAAACCCAGAAAGUGAACGCAACAGCCCUGAGGUCAGCUAUGAACGUAGCAUAAUCAAAUGCGAGAAAAACGGAAACUCAAAACAGUCGUCUCCCAAUGGGAAUUUGUUUUCUACGCACUUAGCAACUCUUCAAGGACUUAAAGUCUUUAGUGAAGCUGCCCAGCUCAUUGCUACAAAAGAAGAAAACAAACACUUGUUUCUCCCACAAUGCCUUUAUCCAGGAGCAAUAAAGAAAGCUAAAGGAGCAGAUCAGCUUUCUCCAUAUUACGGAAUAAAGCCAAGUGAUUACAUUUCUAGUUCCCUUGUUGUCCAUAAUAAUGAUGCAGAUCAAAGUACAAAUGCUGAAAGUGAAUCUUUGAAGAGCCAGACUCCCUCAAAUGGGUGCCCUGUACAGAAGAAGGAGUCUCUGCCACUAUUGCCUAAAAACAGAGGCAUGGUAAUCGUUAAUGGUGGACUAAAACAGGAAGAAAGGCCCACAGCCAAUCCACAGCAAGAGAACAUUUCCCAGAAUCCUCAGCAGCAUGAAGAUGGACACAAAUCUCCAUCUUGGGCCUCUGAUAAUGCUUUAGCUGCCAAUGAAAAUGUCUCUCCAACGAUCCCUGCGGCAGAAGAACAAUUAUCUAGUAUAGCAAAAGGUGUGAAUGGUUCCACUCAGGCUCCUACCAGUGGAAAGUAUUGCCGUCUCUGUGACAUCCAGUUCAACAACCUAUCAAACUUUAUAACUCAUAAGAAGUUUUAUUGCUCAUCACAUGCAGCGGAACAUGUCAAAUGAGAU